UAUAAAGCUGGACACUAGUUUGGUCAGACCGUGUCUGUCUCCGGGGCUGGGUUUCUCUUUUACCCAAGAAGAGGAUUUUUUAUUUAUUUAUUUAAGCAUGAUGAGACAAAGACACCGGGUGAACACUUCAAAAUAAAGAUUUAAAAACUUUCGGAAUUCACCAUGUCCAUACGGGAGCUGAAAGUUUGCCUUUUAGGGGACACUGGAGUUGGGAAAUCGAGCAUUGUUUGCCGGUUCGUUCAGGAUCAUUUUGACCACCAUAUAAGUCCCACAAUAGGAGCAUCAUUUCUAACCAAAACAGUGCCAUCUGGAAAUGAACUACACAAAUUUCUGAUCUGGGAUACAGCCGGACAGGAAAGAUUUCACUCACUCGCUCCUAUGUACUACAGAGGAUCGGCUGCUGCUGUCAUUGUCUAUGACAUUACUAAACUGGACUCUUUCCAGACAUUGAAGAAGUGGGUUAAGGAGCUGAAGGAACACGGUCCCGAGGACAUCGUUGUAGCCAUAGCAGGGAACAAGAAUGAUUUAGGAGACAUCAGGGAAGUUCCCAUGAAGGAAGCUAAGGAGUUUGCUGAAUCAAUUGCAGCUAUUUUCAUCGAGACUAGUGCAAGAAAUGCUGUCAAUGUUGAGGAGCUCUUUCAGAAAAUCAGUAAACAGAUCCCACCCCUGGAAAAGUCUGAGGCGGAGAGCAACGAUUCCUUUAAACUCAGCCGGCCGCCGGCUCCGUCCUCCAGGAGAUGCUGCUAGUACCAACGGUGACAGAUGAGAUUACUCCCGUCAGCACCAGCACACAGUCCACGAUGUCUUACUCCUGGAAAAGACAGUGGACAGACAGAGGUCAGCUUGCUCGUGUGUUCAGCCGCAAGAUGAAACAGUAAUGUACAGGUCAUUGCCCAUUUCUUUCAUUUGAUUGUCGCAGUUUCAACUCUGAGGUCUGGAAUCAGAGGGCCUUCAGUUUGUCCCCCUCAGGUGGUGUUUUGCCUGAAUUACACAAGUAUUUCUGUCUGUGCGGUAUAGUCCACAGCUCAUUAAUAACCCUCAUAAAUAACAAGUGAUCUAGCUGAAGUGCUUUUUUUUUAACGCAGACUUUUGGCUGUCGAUGCAACUGCAUUUACAUUUUCAUUUCAGGAGUCAUCUGCUCUGUCCAUGUUCUUUGCACUGUGGCUCUUAAAUGGCACUCCGUAAAUGAAGUUUUUUAUAUAGUUUACAUUUUUAAAUGUUAUGUUUAUCAAGGCUAUACUUUUCUUCUCAUGGAGCUUUUGUUUACAUGUACGUAUUUAAUUAGAAUAUCCCAACUCCUGUUUGUCGAGAUCACGCGUUAGACAAACAGUUCUGUAGCUCAAGUGCAGCGGCUCUACAUUCCACUUCGCCGUGUGUGUUCUCACACACAUUAAUAACUGUAUAUGGGUUUAACGAUCAUGCUGCAGAACGAACAGUUCAAAGGCCUGAAUCGUAAUUAUGGCAUGACACCCCCUAACACAACAGAAUUUGUUUACACAGUGAUUUGUUCCAUUUGUAUUCUAGAUGCUGAAAUGUGUUGUGUGACAUUUCACUACAAGGAACGACCUUGUGCGACAGGGGUGACAUUUAUACUGUUAAGAGGAGAAAAGACAUGUAUGUAUUUUACUCAAAACAUGUCGAAAGCUGUUAAAGUUCCAAAAGGGUUAUCUAUAUGCUAACCAAGCUCUAAAAAUAGCAUAUGGAAUUCAAGACCUAAACCAAUAAAUUCUAGCUGGCAAAUAAGUAAAACAAAAAGGGAAACAUGGAAAAUAGUCCUCAGCCCAGUUGUGUAUUCUAAGAUUAUGUAUAUUGUUUGCUGACCUUUGACCCUGUGGGUGUGACCACUCGAGAAAUAUAAAACACCACAUUCAUUUGGAGUCACUUUAUUGUAAGUGUUGAAACCGUAACAGUAUUCCUUAACAGCAUUUCUUUAAAUAAACAUGAAAGUUGACCGAGAUACAACAUGGUUUCUUGUUUAACAGUAUUUAUGGUUCUAUAUUACCAUAGCUUAAAAACACAUGUUACCAACAUGUAUGAUGGGAUAAUGGAGUUCAACUCAUAGUAUAACUGUUCUCUUUAAUGGAAAGUCGCACCAAACUCCUUUCAGAAAUCAGCCAGUUAAUGUGGCUUUGCUUCCAGUAAAAUGUAGGGCUGUGAUUGGCUGAAAUAGAAAGUUGAAACUGACGUCCGUCAUCAAUUUAGGAGCUGCUUUGUGGUCCAGAUGUGCAGUAAAUCAAAUUUACAAACAGAUUGAUAACAGUUUAAUUAAAUCACACAGCUUUUUAAAUGCAGUUUGUCAUGAUAUUACAUCCAUACAAGAGAUAAUUACAUAUUGAGCAACUACAUUUUGUGAGAGGUUACAUGUUGGCAUUGUGUUGUAUUUGUUGCCACAGAAGUGCCUUUUUUAAAAUGUUUUUCUAAGCAAACGUAUGCCACGACUUAAAAGUGCAUACUGCCAGAAUAAUGCAUGAAUUCUUUGACUAAAUCAGCGCAGACUAAUUGUAUGCAAAGCAGUCAACAAUUAUCUGCGGCUGUCCUUAUACUGUAUUCAUAAAUCAACCUGUACUCUCUGUAGACCAGAUUAACUUUUGUCUAUUAAUCGGUGUAAUAAAGUAGUGAUUAUUCUAUUCUUCA